AGGUGUCCUGCCACCAUGUGGUUUUGGGUGCUGCUUCCCGUGCUACUGGCUGCAGGCGGUAUCAUUGGCUUCUGGGUUGUGUUUGCCAUGGCGGUUGAAAAUGGUUCUGUAAACAUCACAAAAGUAUUUCCAUAUAUCAGCACCUGUGGCGCCUACCCACCCCAGAGCUGCCUGUUUGGUCAAGUUCUUAAUCUAGGAGCAUUUCUAGGUGUAGUCAUCUGCUUCCUAAAGUACCAACAAGUGCGGGAUUAUGGCUGUCACUCCCGUUUAAAUAUAAUUGGGCUUGUUCUAGGCCUACUCUGUGCCCUUGGAGCAUCUAUUGUGGGCAACUUCCAGCAAUACAACCAGCUGGAAACCCAUCUGUUUGGGGCCUUCUUGGCUUUUGUGGGGGGAAUCCUUUAUUUCUGGAUCCAGACAUUUCUGACCAAUCAAGUGAAACCAAGACAUGGAGGACCAUGGAUUGCAUCUCUUCGGUUCUCUCUCAGCUUUUGUGGCUCUGCCUUCCUCAUUGCUACGGUUGCACUCUUUUACCUGGAACUAGAUUCUGAGGCAGCGCAUUGUGAAUGGGCUCUGGCCAUGGACUUGUUCCUGCUUUUUGGCCUCUUCUCUGUGGAUUUCUGGCAUAUAGGGACCUGCUCAGUCCAUGUGCAUCAUCAACGGGCAGACCGAGAAACAUCAGGCACCCAGGCGUCCACACAGACUCUAUCGCUCUGAUAUCUAUAUGGGGACAAAUGCUCUCCGUGAAUCGCUCUCUCACGGAUGGAUCUCCAAGUUCACUUUUCUAGUGAGAAAAGUCGUUCCUCCUUUACUUUGACUUUUCAUUGGCAGAGAAAGUAAUUCCAACUUUCUGUUACAAGGGGGAAAGAAUCUAAAAUGAAGCAGAUGGCCUAGCCAUGUCCUUCUGCCACUCCAAAGAAAAGUGUCUCUGACUGUGACUCCUCAUAUCAGACCAGGUUAAUUCUGCAAAGGAGCAGAAACACUCCCAACUGUCAUUUGUAACAUUUCAACUGUGUUCUUCCACUGACCAUUUCAUGCAGGUUGUUUGCCUUCACUUAAAGAAGGAACCACUAACAGCCCUCUCUAAGCCAAUAUCUUUACACGUCCAUGUUAUUUUUUGGUAGUGUCAGCAAAGUGAGGCAAAUCCUGCCUCAAACUCCAUGUCAAAUUCCUUGGCUGUAGAAAACCAGUGUGGCAGAAAGAUAUUGGUUACUAUUAUUCCUUGUGUGACCUAGUUGGCUAUACGCACAACUCAGUUGGUAGGACCAGCCUUUGGAUUUGUCUGGUUUUUUAUCUCAUGGAGACGCCUAGUAACUGCAGUUUGUAUGAGAUAAUGAUGGGGUUAUUCCUUCUAGUCUUUGGAUCCACCACAUUGUUGUGUAGGUGAAGA